AUGGCAUCAGUCCAUCCCCUUCACGAUGAUCAGCUCAAGCUCGACGGCAACGGUCAUGUUACCAUCCGUCCCGGCGUCAGAUUCCUGUGGCCGGAGUCGAUCGGCGGCGUCAGCAUCCCAGAGCCCAGCCAGGCAAAGAACAGCCCCAACAACCUCGCAUCCCUCACCGCGUUUCAUCUUAUCUACGCCGUCCAUCGAGCCGGGCACAACCGCGGCAUCUUCAGUGUUUCCCUUGGGCAGACGCGCCCUCGCCAGGCCGAAGGCGUCCUUCACCAGCUCUUUGGCACCGAGCGUGUCGGCGAGGACAGGUGCACUGACUGCCGCAAGGGCUCCGGCGCGCUCACCGGCUGCUACCAGAUUCCGGAGUCGAGCCCGGGCUGCGCCAACUGCACCUACUGUUCCCGGGACAAGGACUGCAGAAGGGGUGAUCCCUCGGCGACUCUCAGCCGUAGCUGGUAG